UUGGAGAGAAAAAAAAAAAAGGCCACCAAAAAGAAUGACUAGUUUUAUUGAAGGCAGAGAUGGAAACUAGGAGUGGAAGAAACCACGGAGCUUAUAAAGACAAUAUAUGAUCGUACACUGAAAGUAACCCAUUCAAGUCACAACUUUGAACGCCCAAACUAUCUGGCCGGGCGGCCGAGUUCAAGGCGGCAGCCUCAGACUGCGCCUGCGCCACUCUUGGCGGCGCGGGUUGCCCAGAAACCGUGCCGCCGCGGUCGCUAGCUCUAGGUUUUGUUUAAACAUGGCCAAAUUCGUGAUUGCGGGUAGAGCAGAUUGUCCAUAUUAUGCAAAAACAGAACUUCUGGCAGACUAUUUACAGAAGAAUCUUCCUGAUUUUCAGAUAUAUAAAAUUACACAACAUCCUGAUGUUUGGGAGGAAUGGCUGAAAGAUGUGUGUGAAAAGAAUAAGUGGAAUCACAAAAAGUCUCCCAUUAUCUGGAGAGAGCUGCUGGAUCGUGGAGGAAAGGGUUUGCUUUUGGGAGGAUAUAAUGAGUUCCUGGAGCAUGCUCAGCUUUACUAUGAUGUCACCUCUAACAUGAUGACUGAGCUAAUGAUGGUAAUUGCUCACGAGAACCUGGAGGCACAUAUAGAAAAAGAGCUGGAGAAGGAAACCCAGAAAGAUCUCAUCAGCCCCUUGCAGGUCUGGAUCACCAGUGCAACCUCUCCUGCCUGCUACAACCUCCUUCCCAUACUGACGAGUGGUGAAGUGUUUGGGAUGCAGACGGAAAUUAGCCUAACUCUGUUUGACAAGGAGCAGUCGGAAGAACUACUCAAAAGCCUGGUAAUGGAGACACAGGACCUGGCGUCUCCUGUCCUCCGCAGCGUCUCCAGCUGUACUACGGAGAAAUACGCCUUCUACCAGGCCCAUGUGGUCAUUGUCCUUGACGACAGCACCGAGGAGGAGGUGUACGGUCUAGAAGAGAGCCUGAGAAGCAAGGUGCCACUGUGUCGUCUCUACGGAAACCUGAUUGAGAAAAAUGCUCACGAAUCUGUCAGGGUUAUUGUGGGAGGAAAAACCUUUGUAAAUCUUAAAACGGUCUUGCUUAUGAUGAACGCCCCAAGCAUCGCCCACAACAUUAUCGCAGUGGCUCUGGGGGUGGAAGGACAAGCCAAAGCGGCAAUAGCCAGAAAAUUGAAAACAACUGCUUCAUGCAUCAAAGAUGUGAUAAUUUGGGGUAAUAUCAGUGGAAAUAACUAUGUUGAUCUGAGGAAAACACGGGUUUACAAAUAUGACAGUGCCAUUUGGGGACCUCCUGAAUUUUCUCGCCCUGUUUUAGAUGUGAUUUUUGAUAGUGAGUGGGUAAAAAGAGAAUUUGUGAUGACCAUUAAAAGUUUGACCUCCACGGGAAAACAAUUUGGACGCAUUUUAGCUUCACACAGUAUAGCCACUACGUUGAAAUAUUGGUACCAUGGCUCACCACCUGGAGAGAUUGUGUCUUUAGGAGUACUGAGUGAAGGCCAGUUUGGUAUUCCCGAAGGGAUUGUCUUUUCUAUGCCUGUGAAAUUUGAGAAUGGAACAUGGGUGGUUCUUACAGAUCUCCCAGAUGUUGAAAUAAGUCAACAAAUAAUGAACAGAAUGACGAGUGAUCUAAUUCAGGAGAAACUUGUUGCACUUGGAGACAUGCUGACUUUUCAACCAUAUCAUUCAGAAACUGAAUUAUCCCUAAGAGACAGAAGGCUCUCCUUAGCCAGCACAGAUGACAAACAGGAAGAACAAAAUGACCAUCAAGAUAGCAUAUUUUCUGAUCAAGCCCCAGAUGACGAAAAAGAUGCAGUGCUGUCAGACGAAUCUACCUGACACAUGGACUCCCUUGGCCAUUGAAUCAGAUUGAAUACAGUAAUCCAGUAAAUAGAAUGAAGAGAGGAAAAAAUGAAAAACUAAUAAAAACCAUAGCCUACUUGAUGUAUUUUUUAAAUUGUUACAUCUUUUGUUUUUCUUUCUUGUACAUACUCCAAAGGCAAAGCUGCAGAACUAUAACAGAUUCAAUUAGACCAAAAUGAAGUUAUUUGGUACUGCAACAAAUAUAAAAAGACCUGUGAAUGUCAGUAUUUAAAAAAAAAAUAAUUUUGAAGAAUUUAUUUCAGUCUUAGAUAAUAUUAUUCUAGGCAAUUAAAUAAAACUGAUAGAACAAAA